AUGGCGGCGACGGCUCGUCGAUGGGCGCGCAAGAUGGAGAGGGCGUGCUGCACAUUUGCGACAUACUUUCCACUCGUGUUUGUCUAUGGAUUGACAACAUGGGCUGUAUGGGUUGUUGUCAACGUUGGUAGCGCCAGUAAGAAGAGUAGCUGGAGAGGUAACGGCUCUUCUGCCGUCGGCGUCGCCCUCUACCUCUUGCUCAACUGGUGCUACACCACGGCCGUCUUUACUCCUCCCGGUUCCACGACGAACGAUAUGGGCUACGGCCUUCUACCUACGCAGAAUGCGCCUCCGGCCACGUCUUACACCGUCAAGAGCAAUGGCGAGUUGCGAUUCUGCAAGAAGUGCCAGGCCCGCAAGCCCGAUCGCGCCCACCACUGCUCAACGUGCCGCCGAUGUGUACUCAAGAUGGAUCACCACUGUCCUUGGCUGGCCACCUGCAUUGGUCUGCGCAACCACAAGGCCUUUCUGCUGUUCCUCAUCUACACCACGCUCUUCUGCUUCUGGAGCUUUGCUGUUAGCGGCUCCUGGGUGUGGUACGAGGCUCUGGAGGAGCAGGACUAUACUGAGAGUUUCAUGCCUGUCAACUUUAUCAUGCUGAGCGUCAUUAGCGGUAUCAUCAGCAUUGUUGUGGGAGCGUUUACUGGAUGGCAUAUUCAUCUCGCCAGCCGCGGUCAGACUACGAUUGAGUGUUUGGAGAAGACGCGGUAUCUUUCUCCUCUGCGUAAGGCGUACAACACCGCUCAUGAUCCUGCCAACCAUCUUCCUCAGGGUGCUCAGCAAUUUGUCGACUUUCACACCAAUGCCUUGCCUGGAAUUACACGGCCUGAAGAGGGUGAGGAGCUACCCCGGACUUACCCCCCUGAUGGUUCGCAUCCUGUUCAGAUGUCAUAUGCCCAGCGAGAACGAGAGCAGAGGCAAAAACGCUACGAGGAAUAUCUUGAUGAACAAGACUCCGAGAAGCUCCCUAAUGUCUUCGAUCUCGGCCCGAAGCGCAAUCUUCUACACCUGUUUGGCCCAACUCCCUUUCUCUGGUUCUUCCCUGUCUGCAACACAACCGGAGACGGUUGGACAUGGGAGGCGAGCAGCAGGUGGCUCGAGGCACGGGAUAAGCUCCGUGCUGAGCGUGAGGAGCAAAGGCUCCGCGAGGUCAAUGCCGGCUGGGGAUCCCCUGAUGACAUCCCCGACAUUCCUGAGCGACCGACCGGUGCAGGACGACAUUUCUCACCUGGCCCUCAGCAGCUCGCGGGUAACAGGCCCAUGAGCAAGGCAGACCGGGUCCUCGGACGUGAUCCCAACCUCUACGCCGACGCGACGCAGAACGUGCCUAUGCGGCGGCUGAGCCCUCGAGGUCGGACAUUAGAGGAUGAGCUCGAUGAUCUGGAUGAUGAGGAUGACGAGUCCACGGAUGAUGCCAGCGAAGAUAAGAAGUUGACUCCAGGUGCCUUCACAUCCGAAGCUCAGCGCCGUGAAGAAGCUGAGAACCGGGCCAUGGACGUCGUUACUAACGGCAACUGGGGUCGCGGCGGUGCAAGUGGCAUGCUUCGUAAGGGGGGUUCGCAGACAAGCCUCAACCGGACACCGAGUCCCAGAUUCCAAGACGAGGGUGUCGAUUAG